AGUUCCGUGUGUCACAUGAUCACAUUAGCAGAUGAUAACCUUGAUGUUUUCAAAGUGAUCUUCAUUUUAAGUGCCAGAUAAUUUCUUAUUUGCUUUGACAGGUGUAUUGUAGAGCCACCCAAAAUAAUGGCUGGCAUUGAGAACUUCGGCACUGUUAUUUCAAAUAUAGAGGAUCUGGAGAAAGGAGCGGGAAAAGGCUUUGGAGCACAAGUUGCAACCAGUCUUCUACAGGAAAGAGCCAAUGAUGUGCGAGCCAAUAGGGUCAACUGGCAGUCAUAUCUACAAGGCCAGAUGAUCUCCCCGGAGGUGUACACCUUCAUCUCUAAAUUUGACAUGGCAAACUCUGAGGUCAGGACAGCCAUGCUGCUGGAAAACCCUCAACAGUUUGCUGUGACGUUCUACAGCCUGAUCAACCAGAUUGCCAAGGACCAAACACUUGAGUAUAUUCUCACCAUGCUGGACGAUGCCCUGCAGGAGGAGAAGGCUCGUGUAGACAUUUUCAAGGAGUACGCGAAGAAGAAGAAGGAGUCAGUUUGGAACCCCUUCUUCCAUCUCCUCGACAGAGAGGACAAAUUCAUCGUUUACCAGUCCAGUCGGAUUAUAGGCAAGAUAGCCUGCUGGAGCAAGGAGCCCAUGGACAAGAGAAAUCUGCAGUUCUACCUCAACUGGAUUAAAGAUCAACUCAAGUCACCUAGCAAUGAGUACCUCCAGACUGCCGCCCGAUGUCUGCAGAUGAUGUUGAGGAUUGACAUGUACCGCUGGGCGUUCGUGGACGUCGAGGGCAUCUCUGCGAUCGUAUCUGUGUUGGCUGGCAGCAAGGUGGGCUUCCAGAUUCAGUACCAGCUGACCUUCUGUCUGUGGUGCCUGACCUUCAACAGCACGCUGGCAGAACGCAUGGCCAGAUACAAUAUCAUCCCCAUCCUGGCCGACAUCCUCAGUGAGUCCGUCAAGGAGAAAGUCACCAGGAUAAUCCUAGCCACUUUCAGGAAUCUAUUAGAGAAGCCAGAGGACCGUGAUAUCGUGCAGGACCACGCCCUGUCCAUGGUGCAGUGUAAGGUCCUCAAACAGCUGGAGCUUCUGGAUGGGCGCAAGUUUGAUGACCAGGACAUUGUCGACGACCUCGCGUACCUCAUUGUCGACGACCUCGCGUACCUCAAUGAGAAGCUACAGCGCUCAGUGGCUGACCUCAGCUCAUUUGAUGAGUAUUCUACUGAAGUAAAAUCGGGCCGCCUUGAGUGGAGCCCAGUCCACAAGUCAGACAGGUUCUGGCGGGAGAAUGCCAUCAGGCUCAAUGAGAAGAGUUAUGAACUGCUCAAGAUACUUGUGCGUCUGCUGGAGACAAGUAAGGACCCUUUAAUCCUGUCUGUAGCAGCACAUGACAUUGGCGAGUACGUCCGAUACUACCCAAGAGGCAAGAAUGUGAUAGAACAGCUGGGGGCCAAGCACAUCGUCAUGCAGUACCUCAGCCACGAAGACCCCAACGUCAGAUAUGAGGCACUCAUUGCUGUACAGAAGCUGAUGGUCCACAACUGGGAAUACUUAGGCAAACAGUUGGAGGCACCAAAGACGGACACACCAGUAAUGUCAGCUGCAAAAGCAUAGAUGAACAUCGACAACAUGAGCACAACAUAGCCUGUAGAACAGUCUCAGUAUUCACCUGGUGCAGUAGGAGAUCAGAACUAAAUAUUAACCUCAACAGUAAUGAGCUUAGUAUUGUACACAGUAGUGUUGGCACAUGCUGGUCUGUAGUCUGUGUAGAGACAACAUGGUAGAACUCGACUGAUCAGUAUGUCUAACCAUUGCAGUCCCUGAACAGGAAGUGUUCUGGAUUAUCUAGGAUAAGUAAGUGCCCUUAGCUACUGUGUACGAAUGGUAUGUUAGUGUCAAGAGAUUGAAUCAAAUGUUUUAUCUUAGUGCUAUAUCAGUCAUUACUUUGACCGUUUUGAGUAUGUAUUGACAUUCUUCGCAAUAUUGGGGUUGUACAGCAAUGUGUUAAGGAGAUGUAUCUUUCAUGAUAACCUGGAACUUUUAGUCAUGCUCUGGUUGCCAUGGUGCCUGGUAGACAUGGUUUGAAGUAUGUAACCCCUCAGCUGAAGACAGCUGGAUCCUGGAGUUCCAGGGAAUAUCAGUAGAUAAUUGGUAAUAUUUGAUUAGGUCAUUUCAGCUGCAAUAUGUUUAUCCUGAAUUAAUAUUAACCCUUUGUUUCUUUGAUGAUUAGUGCUCAAAACGUUUCAUAUGUUUUCAAAUAGCUUGUCUAGUUAGUGAGUGUAUCUACUCUUCAGGGGUAAUGGGUAUAUUUCUUACAAAUCUUCAGUUAUUUGAAAGGAUUUUUUUAAAACUGUAAACAUUUUUCAAAGUAGACUUUACUAUUUAUUGCUAUUCAGAUAUGCCAUAUGUAGGGUAUUAAAGACUGGCCACUUCUACUAGCUUGUGUACUGCCAUGUCCCAGUAUACACAAGGUUCUAGAUACACAUGUCAUAAGGUAGUGGUAAGGGAGUGGUGUAGUUUGGUUGGUGGAUACAGGGAACUUGUUUGACAUGAAUUCCUUGACAUGUACAUUCCACACGAUGUCAUGUUGUUUUGGCUGUGAACUAUGUUGGUAUAUGUGUAUAUAUUGGAUCUGAUUGUCUAGUCAGCUCUGUCUGCAUUCUGUAUUUGUGCUUAUGUAUGAAGGGCCUUGUAUCUUUUAAAAGUUGGUUUACAAGACAUUAGCAUAAGAUGUGAGUGGUUUAAUUUUCUUUAAUCACAUUUCCUUUUCCAGAUGAGUCCAGUAACUAAUUAAUAAAUAAAAAUUAACAAAAUUGUAAGUCACACGAUCACAAGUACAAUUGCAAAACAAUAUUUAAAGAUAAUUUAUUAGGGUUUUUUAUUGAUAGCAUAAAGAUAUUUGUAUGUAUUUUUCACCAUUUGUUACAAACAGCUGUGAAAAAAUAUCCUUUUUUUUCUUUUCACCUAUAGUAAAACAGAAUCAAGACCCACUGGUUCCAUUAUCAUUUUUCAAUUUCAGGUGUUCUGCUUUUGUUGGUCAGUCUUGUAAACCAACUAAUAAGAUGUAAGGCUUAGAGGUAACUCUCCAACAACACAACAGGUGCCACUCCUGUUGAGAGGAAGUACCUGCUCUGUUUUGUCAGAUGAUGUACAUGUACAUUUGAUCAUUCAAGAUCAACGUAAUAGAUUAAUUCACCUCAUUGAUAUCAGAUCUUUUUCUCCAACACAAUGCCUCUCUGUGUGAACAUCUGAGGAUGCCAUCUGAGAUUCUGUCAGUGAUGAGGCAUAAAACUGUAAAGAAAUGAAGCUGAAUCAUUUCAGAAAACUGACAUCAAAUUGGCAUCUUUCCUUCAGAUUGAUUUUUUUAAUCUGCUCAGGGCUCUCCUGACAUGACCUGCUAUAACAAUGUCCUCUGAUUUUGACACAAAAAUGGAUUGUAUAUUGUAAAAGAUCUCAUUUACAUGUAUUUGAUUGCCCAUGUCUAUGUUUUCUGUAUCAUAGCAACCCUUGUUCACAUGGACAUUGUGUUGUGGGACAGUUCCCUCAUUCUCAAACACAUCAGCUAUCAUCAAAGAACCUGGCUGGCAGAGAAAUGUAGCAGCCAUGAACAAAAUAACUCGACCAUCUUGUUAUGUGUCAGAUCCAUGUGGAGUUGAUAUUUGUAAUUACCGUCUUUCUCUGUUAUAUUAUCAUGAAAUGAUCAAGCAAAUAAACGAUGAUUUUUACUUACU